AUGCCCAGAACUACCAGAUCUGGCAAGGCCCCUCUCCGAGCCUACGAAGAGGCUCCGACCAUCGCUCCUUCAGCAAACAAGGCUCCUGAGGCUCGCGAAACUCUGGCCGAUCAAGACGUCGAGCUCCACCUCUUCGACUUCCAGUCCGGUACUUUCGUACUGCAAGCUGAGGGUGUCAACGCUACCGUCACAGAAAUCGGCAACUGGAAGUACUGGCUGCAACUCAACAGCGACGACAGAGACUGGCUCGGUCAAGAAGUUGUUCCCGAACUCAACCCCGUCUUCAACUUUGAAUAUCUCUCGUUCAUCUUCAAUCAUUACAGCGAAGAUGGAAAUGCCUACUCAUGGCUUCUGCGCUUCAAGGAGAAGGAAUCUCUGGAGGAGUUCCAACAGGGUCUCAUGCAGGCUCUCUGGGAGCAUUCAAACCAGACGAAGUGGCUCAAGGCAAAGGACACUGAAAGAGACUAUGUGCUCGAUGCCUUCAACGACCUCGUCUUGGAGGACAAGGAUGACGAAAGAGAAGCCGAGGCUCGCGAAGAGGACGAACAAGAGGAAGAAGAAUUCUACGACCAAGAAGAGGAGGAAGACGAGGGACAGAGAAGCGAGCACUACGACAGUGACGAGUCAGAAGAUGAUGUUAUCACCAGAGAUGAGGAUGGAAACGUCAACUCCCAGCUUGCUGUCGGCUACAAGCAUGAUCGCUCAUUCGUCGUCAGAGGCUCCAAGAUUGGUGUCUUCAAGCACACUCCCGACAAUCAUCUUGAAUUUUCCACAAACAUCUCUAAGGUCGAAACACCCGGCGGCAAAGUCUUUAACCCCAAGAAGAUCAUGCUACACGCCGAGGAUCGCAACAUGAUUAUGCAAGAUGGUGACAACCCCAACUCACUCUUCCGCAUGGACCUCGAGUAUGGCAAGAUUGUCGAUGAGUGGAAGGUUCACGAUGACAUUCCUGUCAACACUUUCGCUCCUGANAAAGGUAUGCCGGUCCACCCUAUGUCCGCUCAAAACUCUUUACUGACUAGCGUGCAGAAAUUCAGUCAAAUGACUGGCGAGCAAACUUUCUUGGGUCUGUCCAACAACGCUCUGUACCGUAUUGAUCCUCGUCUGCAAGGUGACAAGCUCGUCGAUUCAGAGCUCAAACAGUACGCCACCAAGAACGGAUUCACCGCUGCAGCCACAACCGACAAAGGAUACAUUGCCGUCGCUUCAAGCAAGGGUGAUAUUCGUAUGUUUGAUCGUCUCGGUAUCAACGCAAAGACACACAUUCCUGCUUUAGGUGACCCGAUCAUCGGUCUCGAUGUGUCCGCUAACGGCCGUUGGGUUCUUGCUACUACUCGCACUUAUCUUCUGCUUAUCGACGCUCUGCAGAGCGAUGGCAAGAAUGAGGGUAAGCUUGGUUUCGAAAAGUCGUUUGCCAAGGACUCGAAGCCUCAGCCCCGUCGUUUGGCACUCACACCCAGCCAUGUUGCACAGUUCCAGCAUGAAACAAAGGUCGCUCUGUCAUUCACACCGGCGAGAUUCAACACCGGACCUGAUGCCGACGAGACAACCAUCAUUACCGCAACUGGACCUUUCGUCAUUACUUGGAGUCUCAAGAAGGUUCUCGCUGGACGCAAGGAUCCUUACAGCAUCAAGCGUUACGCCGAGGACGUCAAAGCAGACAACUUCCGCUUCGGUAGCGACAAGAACAUUGUGGUGGCACUCCCUAAUGAGGUCAACAUGGUAGCCAGAAGAGCACUGCAGAGACCAACUCGUGAGAGCAUCAUGGCCACUCCUAGAAAGACUGGCCGUGGCAGCUAUCUCAGCAGAAACGACAUCGUCAACAGCCCUUACUGA